GCCGGGUGACGUCAGAGGCCGUGUGUAGCGAUGUGUGUGGGGUUCGGAGCGGCGCCGGCACAGCGAAGGCGGCGGGCGAGCGGCGGCGGCGGCGACGGCGGGCACAGAUCAAUUAAAAGAAGAAUGAACUGUAAUUCUUGAAGAUAACUGGGCAGCUUUCUCAUUUAGUAUAUAUGUGUGUGUGUGUGUUUUUAAUUAAAGACGUUCAGGUGAAGUCAGGCUCUUCUUACUGGUAUGGAGAUUUAGACAAGACUUCAGUUUGUCAGCACAGAGCAACUGACCGUUUUCAGUGAAGAUACCUGCCUCCUUUUUGGUUGGUUGCAUCAUUGUAACUCAUGUUUGGGUGUAGUUUUAGGAUACAGCAGUAGCAUAAACUUUCCACAUACUUUGCUUAAAAAACAAGACAAAACCAAACCACCAAACUCAACCAUUACACCAAACCUUGGACAUCUUGAAUUGAGAAAUGAGCUUCAUUUUAAUGCAAAUACACAAAGUACUCAAGAAGACAAGAUUUUCCUCAGAAGUGUGCUUAUGAUUAUAUUCUUUAUCAUUAGAAGCAAACUGGGAAGUUUUGUAGUGUUUUCGAUUAUAUCCUAAGGUAUAACUAACCCAAAACAAAGUUGUACGAAUCUAUUCAGAAAAUUCAUCCUUGGAAACUAAAAAUUUCUAAGUGAGUCAUAAGUAUUUGUAUACAUUACCCCUUUCUCUUCAAAUUAGCAACUGAGUACAGCAUGCCAGUUGCAGACUUAAUUAUUUAAAACACCAGUGUAGCCAUGGAAAACCUACAGGCCAAUUUCUCCUUGGUUCAGGGUUCGAAUAAAAAACUGAACGGGAUGGAGGAUGAUGGCAGUCCUCCUGUGAAAAAACUGAUGACAGAAAUUCAUGCCAAUGGAAAAACGCUAGCCAAGGUGAAGAAGGAGCAUUUGGAUGACUACGGAGAUGCAUCAGUGGAGGCGGAUGGCGAGCAUGCUGAGCGGAACUGUACUUCCCUACCCGAAACUUUAAACCCCAGCCUGAAACACACGCUGGCACAAUUCCAUUUAAGUAGUCAGAGCUCUUUGGGUGGACCAGCCGCAUUCUCCGCUCGUUACUCCCAAGAGAGCAUGUCACCAACUGUGUUCCUGCCACUUCCAUCUCCCCAGGUCCUUCCUGGUCCUCUUCUCAUUCCCUCUGAUAGCUCCACAGAGCUCACUCAGACUGUUUUGGAAGGGGAGUCCAUUUCUUGUUUUCAAGUUGGAGGAGAAAAGAGGCUCUGUUUGCCCCAAGUCUUAAAUUCUGUUCUCCGAGAAUUUUCACUCCAGCAAAUCAACACAGUGUGUGAUGAGCUCUACAUCUAUUGUUCAAGGUGUACUUCAGACCAGCUUCAUAUCUUAAAGGUCCUAGGGAUACUUCCGUUCAAUGCCCCGUCCUGUGGCCUGAUUACGUUGACUGAUGCACAAAGACUCUGUAAUGCUUUACUGCGGCCACGGACUUUUCCUCAAAAUGGUAGCGUGCUUCCUGCUAAGAGCUCUUUGGCCCCGUUAAAGGAAAGUGGCAGUGCCUUUGAAGUGGAACAUGAAUGCUUGGGCCAAUGUCAGGGUCUCUGUGCCCCUGAGUUUUAUGCUCGGCCCGAUGCUCCCUGUAUCCAGUGUCUGGAGUGCUGUGGGAUGUUUGCGCCCCAGACAUUCGUCAUGCAUUCUCACAGAUCACCCGACAAGAGGACUUGCCACUGGGGCUUUGAGUCAGCCAAGUGGCACUGUUACCUCCACGUGAGCCAGAAAUACCUGGGGACACCCGAAGAAAAGAAACUGAAGAUAAUUUUAGAAGAAAUGAAGGAGAAAUUCAGCAUAAGAAAUGGAAAGCGAGCCCAGUCAAAGACAGACCCGCCGUCAGGAAUGGAACUGCCUUCCUGGUAUCCUGUUAUCAAACAGGAAGGUGACCAUGUUUCUCAGCCGCAUUCAUUCUUCCAUCCCAGCUACUACUUGUACAUGUGUGAUAAAGUGGUCGCGCCGAAUGUGUCACUCACAUCCGCUGUCUGCCAGUCUAAAGAGGCCACCAAGACAGAGACAAGUAAGUCCAUCUCCAAACAGUCAGGACAGCCUCAUGGUGUUAGUAAAGACCAAAGCACAGUGUCUUACCCAGACGUCUCACUUGAGGAACAGGAGAGAAUGGAUUUAAAAACAAGUAGAGAAUUGUACAGUUGUGUAGACCCAUCCAUCUCAAAUAGUUCUACGAGUAAAACGAAAUCUGAGUCUGCUGUUUGCAGCUUAGUAAGAGACGUAAGCAAGCGCGAUGCUGAAGCUGCUUCUCCACUUCUGGUCGCAGAUGUUAAUUGUGAAGAUGAUAAGGGAAAGAUUAUGGAAGAAGUGAUGAGAACCUACGUAAAAAAGCAGGAGAAGCUGAAUUCAAUUCUGCAAAAGAAGCAACAGCUUCAGAUGGAAGUGGAGAUGCUGAGCAGCUCAAAGGCGAUGAAGGAGCUCACUGAAGAGCAGCAGAAUCUGCAGAAAGAGCUUGAGUCUUUGCAGAGUGAGCAUGCUCAGAGGAUGGAGGCGUUUUAUGUCGAGCAGAGAGACUUAGAGAGAAAGUUGGAGCAGGUGAUGCAGCAGCAGUGCACCUGUGACUCGAACAUAGAGAAAGACAGAGAGGCUGAGUAUGCUGCACAGUUGGCAGAGCUGAGACAAAGACUAGACCAUGCUGAGGCAGACCGGCAAGAACUCCAAGAUGAACUCAGACAGGAGCGGGAGGCAAGACAGAAGCUAGAGAUGAUGAUAAAGGAGCUGAAAUUGCAGAUUGGGAAGUCAUCAAAGACCAACAAGGAGUAGGAGCCGAAGAAGAGGUGCACCUGUAUUUGGUUGACAGGCUUUGUGUUCGUUGCUUGCUUUGAAAAUUGAAUUCUACCAUCUUAUCUGCAUGAAGAUAACUAGGCAUUCUGUUCAUUUCUAGGGCAGCAAAAGUGAAGAUGAUGUGUAGUACAUAAAAUUUCCCAAAUGAAUGAAAGAAUAUGCUUUGUAUUAUUUUUUUCCAAUCAGCUGGAUAAUAAUAACCUAUGUAAUUUCAACCUGUAGACAGUCUACUUGUGUUUCUAAGACAAGCCUAACAGUUACAUACUUUCCAAAGCUGUAUUAUGUGGUGGAAAAUAGCUGUGUCAAUUUUGUUAUGCGUAUUUCAGGCUUGAUUUUAGAUACAGAGGUGAUGUUUAUGACACAGAGCUACUCACUCUGUAUCUUCCUUCUCAUUGCAGAAUAUCCCAUUCUUCUCAUUACACAGUCUCCUCUUUUUUAUGCACCCGUCUCUAUGUUGUUCGGGUUGUGGAAUGAGUUUCUUGUGGUUUCCUCCUAGAAGAGUUCACUGAUGAAAUGAUAGCACCACCACCCCAGCAUAGAGUGGGGGAGCUCGCUCUGCUGUGCCCUGAUGCUGCACACGGGGAGCAGUUUGCAGCUUGUUCUUUUUAGAGUGGGUUUAUCUAAAUACAUGUGUGACUCAGAAAAUUAAAUGAUUUCUGAACUCUUACUGUUAAUAGUGGUGUGAAAAUACUCAUGGUCACGAGGAAAAUGGAUUCCACUGAUGUACAUUGGUUCUUAUGUAACUCACAAUCCUCUUGUACAGUUUUUAUAUGUAGUAUUAUAAAGGUCUUACUAAAAUUUAUAUAAUUUUUUUCUUUUAAAUUAUAAAAUAUUAAAUAUCUUGAAGGUUAUUUUGGACUUUUGUAUGUUUAAAUGUUAUCUUAAAUCUUGCACGAAUGGACCAUAUGAUUAAUCUUAAAAUCAGGAAUUUACAGUCAGUGAAUAGUAUCUGAUAGACUAAUAAUCCACAGCUGAAGUAUCUGCAACCAGCAGGAAUUUUAGAUGACAGAUGAAUUCCAUGGUUUGGGAAGGGCAGCCUCUGCACUUUUCUUUUUUGUUUUUUUGCACAUAAAGUCUGACAUUUUUACCAGCAAAUUUCACAUUAGUUGAUGCUUGGCUUGAUGUUUACUAGGGAAAAUUCUUAGUGAGCAUUGUAUGUUCUUUUUGUUGUGUUUGGCCUCCAGCUUGCAGGGAUCCUCUUGCCUCUGCCUUCUAGGUGGCAGGAUUACAGGUGUGAACCCUACCACACCUGGCUAUUCAUGGUUUCUUAUGGAGGUUCCUGAAAGCAGCACUGGCAUCAUCCCAGUUUCAUGUUUCCAGUGCUGUCUUGAGGCACUGAAUGCAGUGACUUGAGACCUGUGCUUAGGAGUAACUCAGAGUUGACUGUCACUGUACUCCAGUGGUGUGGGACACAGGACCCUGGGUCAUCACUUACCUUCUUAUGGUCAUAUUUUGUUUCAUGAUACUCAUAUUUAAAAGCAACUUUUCCACUUUCCAAAAGGGAGUUUGUUUUCUAACUAUAUUGUGACCUAGGUGUGAAUUUACUCUACUAUGUUAGCGCUACAUUUAAUGUGUUGGCUUUCAUAACCUCCUUGAGGAAAAACAGAUCUUAAAUGGCACAGGGACCACAUAUGACAUUUUAUUUAGAUCUGGAGAGAAAAAACCCCACAGGCAUUUGUAAAAUAGCCUUAGCUUAGUUGUCCAUUAAUUGUAUCACAGCUGGGUAUGUGAGAGGCAAAAUCAAGGAUUUACAUCAUUUACUUUUCUGACUUACCCAAAACUGUUCUGCGUAUGUGCUACUUAGUACAUGUAAUUCUUCAAGUCUUGAUGAAAUUUGCCUCAUGAUCGUUUAGUAUAGUCUUCACUAUCCAGAAGAUGAAAGAAUGUGCCAUAUUUUCUGUCUGAACUUCCUUAAAAUUAAUUUUUAAUCAACUGUAAAUAUAUCUAUUACUGUUAAAAGUAACUUUAAUUUACAUUACACCAUAUAGCUUGAAAACAAAAUUGAAAUUCUAUAGUACUCCAAAAGUGACCUCUGCUAAAAUAUCCACAUGAAACUUAUUUUAUGCAUGCUCAUUUUGUGUGCUGGUUGCUAUCCUAGAGUUUGUUUUGGUGUUAAGUCUCGUAUGUUGUGCUAAAUUCACUAAGCAAGCGGAUUUUUUCCUCAGACUCCACAUUCUGUUUAGGAAAAAAUGAGACCGUUCACUCUGAACAGCUGUGUUGGGAGUGGCUGUGGAGUGGGGGAAAGACGGUGUCCGCUUUCAGGCUGGGCGAUGAGCAAUGCUUGCUGUGCGUGGUUUCCCUCUGUGGCCAAAGUCUGAGGAACUCGCAUCGUGUGUAUACAGGUACUCAGUGUGGAAGCUCCCUCGGCCAUCAGGGAUGCUUUAAACCACCUGCUAAUCACAACCGAGGCUUUGAACACCACAAGGUUCAACCAGCAAUUAGGUUUGGCUUGGGCUUUUUGAAGUAUAUUCUUUUGCUUGAAUUUCUUGUGUUUUUGAGGAUAAGGAUGUUUUAUGCUUCUUGAGCUGAUUUUAUAACAUAUUUAAUAUAUAACCUGUUUAUAUGUAAAAUCUUUUGUACAGUGGUGGGAAGGAGUAAUGAAUAAACUCAUUGUACAUAGUGAAAAGCAGACAGAAGUAGGUGAAACAGAAUGAGUGCCACAAUGUUCACAGGCUCCCUGCAUCCUUCCAAAGUCACGUCAGAACAACCAGUUUCUUUGUGUCUAUGGCUUCUGUUUGCAGAAAAGCAAAAUGAAAAGGAAGCAGAAGUAAUAAGAAAUGUGCCCGAGGUAUUUCCCUAGCAAGAGCUGCACGCUGGUCUGAAGGGCUUUUACCCGCUUCUGGAAGGUCUCCUCAACAUGUUAUGCUUUGAGGGAGUAAGGAAGAAUGAGUUUUUAUUUGUCCGCUAUGCAUUUACUCUUUGGGGCAGGACAUUACAAACUGAUGACAAAUGGUGUUCAUGCUGUACAUCUGCUCCUGCACUUGGAUCUACUUGCUAAUGGUUUCAUGGAAGCAAUCAGCAAUAUGUGCUAUGAACUGCUGCAUUAUAUAUUACACUUGUGGAACUGAGAUAUUUAAACAGAGCUUAAUUUUUUUCUAGUGUAAAAUACUUAAGCAUUUCCUCUAUUGGAAGAAAAACAUAUAUGGGUAUUUUGUAUUGUAUCUUGUUUAAAAGGGCAGUCUUUUUUAAUCUUCCCACUUAAAUGGCUUUUAAAAUACAUAAUACAAUUUGAAGCUUGUUUAGAAAUAGAAUUAAAUGUCUUAUAUAGUGCUACUGUUUUGGAAUUAGAAAGUGAUCAAAUAUAAAACAUUUUAAAAUUAAGCCCAGAAAACAAAGUAGUGUUUAACAAAGUAGUGUUUAAAGUUAGUUUAGUAUCAAAGAAAUUUAUAAGCUUUUUUCUUCAAUAGAGAUACCUCACUUGAAAAUAAAGAAAGCACAGCACAUUUAAAGUAAUUCUCACGAAAACACCCCAUUAGGAUAAUUCCUGAGUCUAGGACAUCUUUUGAGUUGUUACAGCUUGUGAUGAAUGUAGUCACCAUUAGCUUUUCUGCUGGACGUACUAACCCUGGUCAUCUUAAAGCACUGCAAUAGUUUUCAUUAUCCCUCAGUUUCUAACCUGUGAAGGCAGUGAGUGAGCAGCCCCUCUGCAACUACUGAAAUAAAUUGACUAGAUUGAGCAGAACUCAAUUGAUAAUUUUGCCAAUGUGUAUAGUUUUAUGAUUAAAAUUGCUGUGGUUGGUUGCAUUACAUGACACACAAAACUGUCCUCUACCUCACGUGAAAUAAAUAUUUUAUAUGAUUUUACUAAAAAAAAAAAAAGACUCAUCUAUCUGGUUACUUAGUUUACAAAUUUUGGAUUAUAUUUAUUGAAACAUGACAUACUGUGCUCUUAGCUUAUACCUCAAUUGUAUUUUGUGCUGUUUUCCAUUUUCAUGCCUUGUACAUAACUUGUAUAGAUUGUGGAUGAUAUUCCCAAUAAAACUUUUAAUGCCAAUGAAA